AUGAAUGGAAAUACAGACAUGGAGACUAAUAUUGAGAGUAGAAACCCUGCCAUGUUAAAGGCUGUACAAUAUUUGGAUAGGGAGAUCAAAAAUGUGAACCAUUUGAAAAGGUUUUCGAUCGGUUCAAUGGAUAUGCUAAUUGAUCCUGAACUAGAAUACAGAAUAUCCAAUACGGUCACCAAAGACAUUGAAUCGGAGAAACCGAAACGUCGAUCUGUAUUACUGCUGAAUACAUUUGCAUCUAGCGACGAUGUACCGACGAAGGCCCAUUCAAAAGCGCCAAAUAUAGGCAUAAUGCAAUCAAACAUAGAUUACUCAAAUGAUUUAGUCAAUAUGAGCAUUCAAAGACGGCGGAGCUCAACCAGACAAUUCCCAACUUUUUCUAAGUAUAAAGAAUCUGUUCCAGUUUAUAAUGAAGAAAAAGUAGAUUCUACCAAUGCAGUAAAAUGGGUACGAGCUGACCAACAUCCCAAUGUCUCUCCAUCAAAACAAUUAAAUGAAGUUCUAGAAAAUUUGCAUAUAGAGGAUAAACAGGUCACAAAAAAGGAUAGACUGUCAAUUACCUAUAAGAAAAAUAAAUCAUCAAUCGUACGAAGACCAUCAAAAUUAAGACACUCUUCCAAUGAUGAAAGUUUUGAUUCAGACAUAGAAGAUCCCUCAUUUACAAAAGACCAUGACACUUUUAGUUUUGAAAAUGAAUCUUCUUUUUCGACAAACGACCAAACAGAUAUUAGCAUAACUAGAUUUGAUUCAAGAGACACUAUCAAUUCUAAUGGAAACAGUAACCAUCGAUUAUCGUUGAAAAAUAUUACAGACGAACUUACAAGGAUUUCAAAUGAUGCUGGAUUAGUAGAUUCAGAUGCUAUAAACUUAGCACAAUCACUGGGUUUAACUAGUUCAUAUCAAAAUAAUAUUAAUGAUUUUUAUGAUGACAAAAAUUUAGCGAUUUAUGAUUCUACUAUCAAUGAAUCGUCUAACAUGGAGACCUUUAAUGAGCAAGACAAAAUCCUAAAUCUCAACAGUGAAAAUUCUAAAGGAGGUACUUUCGCUGUAAAUGGCAUGAAAGUUCCAAUGAGAUCUUCAUUAAGAAGGUCUAAAUUUAACACAUAUAGAUAUAGUAGAAAUAACCAGAAAGACUCUGAUAUCCCCGAAAAAAAGGAGAUAGAGAAUCCAUAUAUGGGAUCACAACAUAUUUCAGAAGAGAAAAGUGAUGUUACUGAAAUUCAAGUGGCGUUGUCCAAUAACCAAAAUGCACUAGUGUCCCCAGAAAGGAAUAACGAUAAAAUCUCUUUUAAAGAUUCUCAAAAAGAUUAUUUGACAAAACCGAUAGAAGAAAAGGCUGAUGCUGAUGAGCAGUCUGGCUCAUCCCCAGUAAGUGAUUUUCAAGACAUUUAUGAUCAUUAUAGACAGCCUAGUUCUGAAUGGGAAGAUGAGAUUUUCAACGCCAGUAAAAAUCCAGAAUCUUCUAUAUCAUUAAAUGGAAACCUGGUUGCUCUGCCUGAACUAGCUUCAAGUAAAUAUCAAACAAGUAACGUAAUGGGAGAAGAAGGUGAGUACCUGGAUAAGGUAACCCAUGAUCAUACACAAGAGACCUCAUUUGAAACAGAUGAUAUAAACAACGAAGUGAAUAAUAAUUAUGCCGAUGACAGGAUCCAAAUGAAUGCCACGGAAUAUUUGAAUAAUUCCGAGCAACAUACCAUAAGCGAGAAUGAUAUUCAUGAAUCAAGUUCAGAACUGCAGCAUUCUGAGAAUCUUAUUUCAAGCCAAGAACAAAGAGACUCCUUUAUUCAGAAUGGCGAUACAAAUUUAAGAGAGGUAAGAUCUACGCAGAAACAUCAUUAUAGAAGAGGUGGUUGGGCAUGGUUCAACAACAAGACAAAAGAGAGUUUUAAUUCAUCACUUCAUUCGCUAAAUAAAAACACAACAUCAUCUGGCAAUAGAGGUUCAACAGAAUUAAAUGACAAUGAAACCAGCACCGAGGCCGGCCACUCUUUGCACAACAAAGCUCCAGGGAAGUCUCGGAAUAGAAAUAUAUUCAAGUUACAUGAUAAAACCAACGAUGCUCAUUCGUACAAAAACGUAACCGACAAUGAGUCUAGUGCGGUUGAUUCAUCGUCUGCUAAUAUUAAAAAUUCACUUGGCAAAUUGAAUGAUUUAUUUAAGAGAAAAACAUCUGGUAAACUGCACCGCACUAGUCACGACGCAGUAAGCACGGCGAUCGAACAGGACAGUGAUUUAUCGGCAUUUGAGAAGGUGAGAAAGAGUUCAAGUUCGAGUUUCAACAAAUUGCGCAAGAGUUCCAGCAAGAUUUCUGUCUCGGAAAGCGGCAGACAAGAUACUACUGCGAGCAGCACUAGGACUGAACCUAUAGAACCUGCUUUGCCCAACCAGUCUGCAUACCAUAUAGAAGCACAUGGAGAUCAAGUCGAGCUCGAAACGCAUAAUAACCCAAAAAAGCACGCGCAGAUUUUACCUGUUUCACCUGCUUCUGAGAGAACGGACGACAGCAGUGUGCUUGAUGCCAGCGGUCCUCUGACUGAGUCCAGGAACACGCCUUUGAACGGCUUACAACCUGCGAUCACUAUCAAAACGACGAGACAGCCUGAUCCGCAUACACACGCCGUUGCACCAAGAGCCGAAACACCUCCCUCAGGCAAGAACAGCGCUAAUUUGCCUACCAAAAACGGCAGACAGAGAAGGAAGACUGGUGCGUACAGUACGAGUACGCGUGUCUCGAAGACCCCCAAAAGAUCGUCGAGAGGCCAACAGGCCUCAACCAAUGGCAACGGGCCAGCACCCGUGACAUCGACAUUGCCGCUACGCAAACUGACGUUUGCCGACGUCCCGCCGACGGGACGUGCCAAUGGUCCCGUCCAGUUCAUGGACAGUACAUUUGGAUUCCCGUUGCCGCUAUUGACGCGGUCGACCAUCAUCAUGUUCGAGAACCGACUGCCUAUCAGCGUCGAAAGGGCCAUCUACCGCCUGAGCCAUUUGAAACUAGGCGACACGAAGAAAGAGCUACGCCAGCAAGUACUUCUCAGCAACUUCAUGUACGCAUACCUGCACUUGGUGAACCACUCACUAUACCUGGAGCAGUACGGCCUCGGCGCGGACGGGAGUGGAGCUGCACCAGACUCCCUGGCCGCGGACACCUCUGGCAAGGACGCCGAGAUCCGCCUGACUGUGGACACGCAUGCCAGCCGCACCGUGUUUGGCUAG